GUUUCCAUCUCUUGUGCAAGUGUGUUUUUACACCGGGUAGUCUCACUUUUUUGUCAGUUUUCUAGCUUUUAUCGCCAAUUACAACUGUAUUCUCCACACAAGUUGCUCUGCUUGCUUACAGUAAACUGCAUUCUAUAUCGAUAUAUCCAACAAGAUGUUUAGAAGAAAAUUAAAAGCUUUGAAAUAUCAGCUAGCGGAUUCCUUCGAGUUCGACGUCGAAUCAAAUUUCAAGAACGUUGUCGUCUGGUUAGAAGACCACAAAAUUAGACACUAUAAAAUAGAGGAUCGGGAUGCGCUGCGAAAAUUACAGAAUCCUGACUGGCAAGAAGUCUUCACACAGUACCUGAAAGAUCUUGAGUGUCCAGUGAUAGAUUCUGAUGCAACAACAAUCUUAGACUGGUUACUUGGGUUAGCUGUCGGCCUAGAAUAUGGUGACCAUGCUGAAAAGUACAAGAGUAUAACUGCUGCGAGUUUGGCUGCAAAGAAACUUGACCAACCACAGAUGCAAUCAGAUAAUCCACUGGACAAAUUAAACUUUGAUGACCCAGACUUCAAGGCAGGUGUUACAUCGUUAGCUCAGUUGUUGCAGAUUCCUCGACAUCCAGACCAUCUCGUAACACUCAAGGCAGUUACGAAGCUAAUAAGUGAGAGGUUGUCUCCGGAUGCUUUGGAAGCAGCAAAAAGCAACAUUCCUAGUGAGACUGUUAAACCAUUACCUCUGGCGAACUGUGUGCUGGGAUUUGAAACUGGAGACUACGUGAUGAGCGAGGCUGCAAAGAUCCUGCGUCUGCUGCACAUCCGGGAGCUGCGCGAGCUGCAGACGCGCAUCAACGAGGCGAUCGUCGCCGCCCAGGCCAUCACGGCCAACCCGAGGACAGACGAGCGGCUCGGCAAGGUCGGCCGGUGAUCGAGCGGCUCGGCAAGGUCGGCCGGUGAUCGAGCGGCUCGGCAAGGUCGGCCGGUGAUCGAGCGGCUCGGCAAGGUCGGCCGGUGAUCGAGCGGCUCGGCAACGUCGGCCAGUGAUCGAGCGGUCACACGUUCGACUACUGAUGGCAUCAGGGAGGUCGUGCUGGCACCCAUAAAAAAACCAGAGCUGGCAGUGCUGCGAGUCUGGUGGCUGUGCUACAGGACCGCUAGCAGUGCUGAAAGGCUGGUGCUGUGCUACAGGACAGCUAGCAGUGCUGCAAGACUGGUGACUGAGCUAAACACCAACUGACAGUGUUGCAAGGCUGGUGGGUGGCAGAGCCAAGAGAGAGCUGUCAAUGCUGCAAGGCCCCGGAACAGUAGCAGAUGACAGCUAGCAUUGUAAAACAAUCUCAGAAACUAGUGGCUACAGAGGAGACAUUGCCAGUAUUGAUCAGGGGAAAUUUCCAGUGUACUGCAGCUCAUAACCAAUCACGCAUUCACAGAAUCUUUUAACUGAACGAUGGAAAGGUUCAGUUCCACAACGUUGCACUUUUUUUUUUUUUGUCGUUUUGCUGGACACAGUGGUGUGAUGUUGCCUGCUUUCUGGCGGAUUUUUAUUAUUAUUGUUACAAGAAUAUUGCAUUCAUUAUUCACGUAAGUGUGCAUCGAUAAUACGUGAACUGCCAUAACAUGUUCCUAUUUCUGAGGAAUCUAUAAUUGGUAAAUAAAUGCAAGGUAUUAUACAGCUA